AUGGAAGGAUUAAAGUUUGGAAUCGAAAAGUUUGAUAGAUCCAAUUUUGAUUUUUGGAAGAUGCAGAUCGAGGACUAUCUAUACCAGAAAGAUCUUCACGAACCCUUAACUGGGGUGAAGCCGGAGUCCAUGACAGAGGAGAAGUGGAAGCUCAAGGAUCGAAAGGAAUUGUUCCAAAAUUUCAAGUCUGAAAAUUUUGGAAAAGUGUAUCUUGCUGACAAUAAGCCGUUGGAGAUUAAAGAAAAGGGGGAUGUCUGCAUAAAAACUCCAGCAGGAAAUCAGUGGACAUUGGAGGAUGUCAGAUAUAUUCCUAGUCUCAAGAAGAAUCUGAUCUCUGUUGGUCGGUCUGUUGGAUAG